GAUUCAUCGGCGGUGCAGAAGCUCCGGAGAAUCGUGGGGAAACUAAAGAUCAGGCCAGCCAAUGAUAAAUGCGCUUGAGAAUAUCUCUAGUAGUGGUCCGGCCGAACUAAAGUUUCUUCCGUCUCUGCGGAAUGGCGCGAAGUAUAAGCUUAUAUUAUAUACUUCGUAGAGACAAUUUUACUCGGGGUUUUUCACUCGACCAACAUACCUUGUGGCUUCAUUAAAUUUCAAGGGCGUUAUGCGACACAUCUUGAGUCCCACUGGAGAGAAUCGAAGCAUGAUCAAAUGCUAACGAUUUUAGGGUCAACACAUUCCCGAACACGCAAGGCAAGGGUGUGACGGCGUAGAAGGUGGAUAAUGUAGAUAGAUACCUGGUAGGUACCCAUUUACAUCCCUGGGCACCUGCCAUAUCUGUCCUGGGAACUUUAUCCGUCACGAGAUAUGCCUACGUGCCUAAGAAGAUAUUUGAGAGCUGUCUUUUUUAUCAUACCUAGCACUGCAGGUAAAUAAGGUAUCCAUAAUACUGCGACGCUAGUAUAGCAGCGUGUCUGUUAUAUAAACCCCCCGCCCACGGCAUUUUCAAAGCAUCGAAAGUAGUACCAACAAACAACAACACAACUUAACCAACUCACCCACUCAUCCCAGACGAAUCACAUAUCCCACAAAUGUCACCCGCAGAACCCCUUCCGCCUAAGGUCUACUUGGUCCCAUGCGAUCUAACCUCCAAUGCACAUACGGAAUUGCUGUAUAACCAGCGAGUGACCUGUGGCUGGGCCAAAGAGGGCAUCGAGAGGUGGAAAAGCCUCUCUGCCCAGGGAAAUUUGGUCAUGUACUGGCUUGUGCUAAACGACAACACGCCUGAGAAGGACGACCUGAUCAAAACCCACUGCGACCGAUACCCGAACCAAGCAACUCCAAUCCAGGACACAGCCGCUCAGAUAUGGGGUCAAGAGCGCACGCCGUCCAACGAUAGCUUCAUCCCUAUCGGCCACAUCGGCCUCGGUCGGCUCCAGCCUGACAGCGAGUACGUGGUUUUGAUGAAGCAAGCCCAACCUCCUGCAGGCCCAACCGACGUCGUAACCUGGGUCGGCCCCUUUUAUGUAUCUUGGGUGAUGCAGCGGCUCGGAAUCGGCAAUUUCGCCAUGACCGAAAUCGAGCGACUGGCGGCGUCGCCGCCCGUCAACGGGACCAUCAUCGCCCUGGAUGCCAUUGCCCCCGAUCACGCGAUGGCUCCGGCGCUGGUGAGGACGUUUUACACCCAUUUUGGAAAUCCCGCGCCAACUAAAUCCAAUCAUGACUGGUAUCUGAAGCAGGGCUACAAGCCGUACCACCGCAAGACUGCCUACCCGUGGACUGAUAUUAUGACUGGCGAGGUCAACAUGUUGGAUACUGUACUUAUGCAGAAAAGGCUCUGAGACGGUUUUGCUUCGUUGCGUCCCUGGCAACUGACGUGUGUUGCUCUGCCUGCAGCCGCGGGUGGUUAUUGUCUAUUUAUAAAGUUAUUCUUCAUUAUGGACUAACUAAAAUCAUAUCCGCAAAUUAACCUAGCCCAGUCCUUGACGGAUCUUGCUCAUUGGUGUUGCAUUUUGUUUUUACACAAACCAGAGGUUGAAGUUGAAUGCAACAGAUUUUGAACCUCAGGCAAGGUCCACGUGUGUCUUAGACUUGCUGCUACCCGACACAUGGUGCCCUGUUCAGGCUCGCCAGAACUUGAGUUUCCUCAUAAGCGAAGCAGAAGGGACUUUGGAAUAGCCCGGGUUCGGGUGGAAUUCUGUGGAAUCGUGGCCGGGCGCUGCUAUCCACCAUCCCUUAAUCAUGUGCCAAGGUAUGGGAGCUUUUUUCACGACAUAUUUCGCUGAAUAGUCAAGCUGUUCCUGUGGUACCUCAUUGCCACCAUGAGCCGGGAGUGCGUUCAACGCCUUACCAUUCAUCAUAUCCCAGAGCGCAAACUUGAGAGCUUCCUCGUUUUUGUCGAUACCAUAAACAUAAUGGGAAACAGCAUUAGGGUUCAAGCCACCGUAGUCCCCAAGUCCCACAUUCCCCUUUCUCGCAUUUGGAGGAAUAGUAGUGCCAAGUCCCA